AAAAUAUAGUCAAUUUUUUUUCGGGGUGUUGCAGAGUAUUGUUACCCCUUCCAAAUUAUGGCGGGGAUUUUUUUAAAGCAAUGUUUUGAUUCUGAUAUGUUUACACAUUCAUAAAUCAUAUAUAUAUUGAACUAGAUAACUGUUCAGAUACCGUUACUUUUAGAUAGUGAGUACAUGAUAAUUGGAGCAGAAUGAGCAAAAACGACACACUGUUGGAGUGGUGCAAUGAAUAUUGGUAUGAGGAGAUUAUUAAAGUUUUCAUCGAUACAGAUGGAGAACGUUGUCCAGAGUUUAUUGAAGUCAAGGAUUUCAUCCGAGGUUCUAAAAAUGACUCUAAAAUCCUGACACGGUUAUUGUAUCUUCUAGCACGAUUUUCUAGUCGUUUAAACCCUAAAGAUCUCCGUGACUGUAUGAUGUACAUGGAAGACAUUCCAGACAUCCUUAAGGACAUUGCUGCAAUGAAACACAAGCUACCUAACGCAACCGAUCUAAUACAGUUUCAAUUAGAGGAGUCGAUGGAGCUCCUCUCCAACCUCGCAUCCAUGGAGAGCAGUCAGGAUGACUUUAGUGAACAAAUAAGAAGUUUUCAGCGAGAUGUUGCAAAACUUAUCUCUUUCCUCUGUAGAGAAGUGAAUGUAUCAUUCAUAUCCAAGGUUCAUCAAGAGUUUAUGGAGCGAUUUAAUUUACAGCAAUCCCUUACUUCAGAAACCAGUGAAAAUAUGUCUGAAGAGAAUGGUUUGGAUGAAGCAGAGGAAGAAGAAGGAUCAUCUGAGAGUGAUGAAGAGUAUUUAUCUGUGUCCGAAUCAAUUCCUAAAACUUCCGAGAUUGAUGUUGAAAAUGAUAACCGGAACAAAGACAAAAUGUCAAAAUUGACCUCUGCCAAAAACUUAUCUGGAAACACUGACAAAAUUAUGACUGAAAACACAAAUAUGCCUGGCGAUAACAGAGACGAUGAUAUUGCUCAAAUUAACACCAUGGAACUGCUAGGGGCAAUGGACUCUCUUAUCCCAUCUGUUUCACUAGAAAAACUGUCAGCAGAACAACUGGAUAAACACACAAAAUUGCAGACAGUAAACAAAAAUACAAAUAAAACUACUUCAGGGGAUCCAUAUACAGACAUGGAAACCAUAUUAUUGAAUUCAGAUAGUGUGGCAACAGAUUUAACCCCAGGAGAGGGUAGCACAAAUAUACCACCAGCUGCCAAGAACCAACAUGGUCAAGUAAAUGAUAGCAGUACAACUGCUACCAAAAAAACCAUGGUUCGAAUACACAUUAAUAGCAACAAAAGACGAAACGCAUUCACAAUCACGGAAAGUGUUCAUUUAAUUCACGGUGUGAAAACUUGUGGUUUGGGCAACUGGACGCAGAUAUUACAUUCUUAUACGUUUUAUUCAAGGAAAAGUAACCAUUUGAAGGACAGAUGGAGAACGAUGUUAAAAAGCAAGUUCAUCUCAUACGACCACGAUGAUGAUGGGAAGAUUGAAAUACUCGAUCCUUUGUUAAAUGCAGCGUAUGAGGAUUAUUUGAGUAAAAUUCGAUCAGAUUCACAAUCACAAGGAACAAAUAAAAAAGAAACUAUAACUGAGGAAUCUGGUUGUAAGGAUAAAGUCAAGAAACAACAUCUUGAGUUCAUCUCUCCACCUCAACUGGCUAGUACCCUUAUCUGUGAUGACAUGCAAGCUGACACAAGUUCCGAGGGUGAGGGCACUAAAGAUGGUUCUGCAAAUCCCACAGAAAAACCAACCCUUUCAAAUGCUGCCCGAGAGUUGCAAGAAUCUGCUGCAAAUGAAGUAUUAGAGACAACCGUAGUCAAAUCUGCUAUACUCGAGCAAGAUAGUAGUGCAGAUAGGAAUGAAAGCACCCAAAAUGCCCCAGCAUGCCCCAUUAAAAAUGGAAACCGUGUUUCAACUAACUCUAAUAAAACUCCUAAUGAUUCAAAAAUUGAAAUCAUGGACACUUCUGAUGACAAUACAACUGAUGGAGACACACAAAUAGAUACUAAUGAAGAUUUAUUGGGGAAGAGGCAGGAAAAGUCAGAAGAAACAGUGGAGUCAUCUUCUGAAGAAGAAGUGGAAGUCACUGAGUGUCAUCCUCCACGUAAAUCCUUAUCUGCUCCGGAAGAUAACGGUGAAAACAUGACUUUGGCUGGAAAGCUAAACACAGCAAGAAAAAGAGAAAAGAAAAGUAAAUUUACUUCUACACAAAAAAGACGAAAGCGAAGGUUUGACUUCAGUUCCGGUGAAGACAGUCAUAGUGAUAUAACGCUGCCCACUAGAAAGAAAAUCACUGCAGAUUCUGAUACGGCUAAAACAUUAGUUGAAAAUAAAAAGAAUGAAAAAUCCAUGGAUGCCGAUGAAGUUGAAUCUUCUUCCUCAGCAAAAGAUCGAUCAGAUGAAGAUGCUGUUAAGAAAGUAUUGAAAAAUAAAACGCCCGCAAAAUCCUCUAAGAGAAGGUUUUUAUGGGAUGUAGAGGGUGAACAAUUAACCUGGGAUGAUUCAUUUCUAUUGGAACCAAAAACUAUAAAGAGAAAAACACUUUUAUCGAAUUCUGUCUCUGUCAGGUACAAGAAAAAGUUCUGGUUGACUUGGGAAAAGAAGAAUCUUCUUGAUGGAGUGCGUAGGUUUGGGGUUGGGCAAUGGAGUAUGAUUCUGAAUCAUUUCAAAUUCCAGGACCGAACUUCUGUCAUGCUAAAAGAUAAAUGGAGGACUAUGAUGCAAUACAACGAGGUUCCAGCUGAUUUGUUGGCCAAGACUCCGUUUUCAAAAUAAAGUUUCCGUUAUUCUUCUUAUUAUUCCUGUUUGCUACUGUUUUAAAGAUGUGGUUAUUGUUGCUUUUGUAUUUGUCGUUCGUCUUUUUACUAAGUUUAUAUUAAGUACAAAACAUAUCAUAAAAUUACGAUCGUUGGGU